GCGACGCUGACCAGGAAGUGAGAUAAAUAACCGUGUCUAGAGAAAUAUGGAUUAAAUACGGAAUUUGCCACGGUCCAAAACAGGUUUCAGCGACUGCUGGUCGCCGAGGUGGGUGGGAGUCGCGGGGAAAUGAGGUUUAAUUGUAUCCGAGAUGGUUGGGAUAUGAUGAAACGCACCGCUUUGUUGCACCCGCUGGCCGCCUCAGUCCCUGUGGCGCUACUUAGAGCCUGAUGCCCAUUCUCGCAACAUCUGUCGUCAUGGACACGGAGGACUUCCUGCACCCAGAGGGCCCUCAGCUGGAGAGCCCCAAAUACAGUGUGGCCAGUCCUCCACUCCCCAAUAACAUGGAGAGUCAGCUGUUUUCCUCUAACCCGUGGACGUUUUCCCAGCCGUCUCAGUACAACCAGUACAGCUAUCCUAUGCAACAACCUGAGAGGCAGUUCCAGGUCAACCAGCCGUCUGUGGAUGAAUUCAGCCCGUUCCCCGAAGUGGAUUUCUCUGACCUCACAUCAGGCAGGAAUGAAGACUUCGCACCAGAUCUGUCAUGUAUCGACGACGCGUCUCUGUUCUCCUCAACCCCCGACUCUCUGUCCGAGUACGCUGACCCCGCUGGCGUCGACAACCUGUCCCACAUAACCGGCGAAGGCUCUGCCUCAACGCUAGCAUUCUGGGACACACCUGGACACAGCCAGUUGACAAAGUUUCCAGGUUUACCCAAUCUGGAUGAAAUCAAUGCCAUCUUGAACAGCCCAUUAGCAGGAUAUAAGCCCCCUGAACCUGUUCAGAAUCCCCCAGAGGAGGAAGAGGAGGCAGAUGAGGAAGAGACGGAAGAACUCGGUCACAUAGACACCUACGCUGAAUACAAGCCUUCCAAAUCUACUAUAGGAAUUUCUCAUCCAGACAUUGUGGUAGAGACCAGCACUCUUUCCAGUGUCCCUCCCCCAGACAUCAACUACACACUCUCGAUCCCAGACAACACUAUAAGGACAGGCCUGCUCUCUGCUCUGCAGCUGGAAGCCAUAAUCUAUGCCUGCCAGCAACACGAGGUUAUCCUGAAGAACAACCAGAGGGCAGCCUUUCUGAUAGGAGACGGAGCCGGUGUGGGGAAGGGUCGCACCAUAGCUGGCAUCAUAGUGGAGAAUUUUUUAAAAGGAAGGAAGCAAGCCCUGUGGUUCAGUGUGUCUAAUGAUCUGAAGUACGACGCAGAAAGAGACCUCAAGGACAUACAUGCCCCGAAUAUUCCUGUUUUUGCUUUAAACAAGAUUAAGUAUGGAAACACAGCUACCUCAGAGGGCAUCCUGUUUGCCACAUACUCAGCGCUGAUUGGGGAGAGUCAGGCAGGGGGACAGCACCGCACCCGACUCAAACAGAUAUUGGACUGGUGUAAACCUGGCUUUGACGGAGUCAUUGUUUUUGAUGAAUGCCAUAAAGCCAAAAAUGCGACAUCGACGAAAAUGGGCAAAGCUGUCCUGGACCUGCAGAACAAGCUGCCUGGGGCCAGGGUGGUGUAUGCUAGUGCCACAGGUGCCUCUGAGCCAAAGAACAUGAUCUAUAUGAGCCGGUUGGGCAUUUGGGGAGAAGGAACACCCUUCAGGACGUUUGAGGACUUCCUGCAUGCCAUUGAAAAGAGGGGUGUCGGCGCCAUGGAGAUAGUUGCCAUGGAUAUGAAAGUCAGUGGCAUGUACAUAGCCCGGCAGCUCAGCUUUUCUGGUGUGUCGUUCCGGAUCGAGGAAAUCGCUCUGGAUGAAAAGUUUAAAGUGGUCUACAACAAGGCAGCCCGCCUGUGGGCUGAAGCAAUGGAAACGUUCUCUAAGGCAGCGGAUUUGCUGGGUCUGGUCUCACGUAAGUCCCUCUGGGGCCAGUUUUGGGCCUCCCACCAGCGCUUCUUUAAAUACCUCUGCAUCGCCGCCAAAGUGCGUCGCCUGGUGGAGCUUGCGAAGAUUGAGAAGAGUCAGGGCAAGUGUGUAGUGAUCGGUCUGCAGUCAACCGGUGAGGCCCGCACUCGUGAGGUUCUGGAUGAGAAUGAUGGACACCUUGACCGAUUCGUCUCGGCAGCUGAGGGUGUGUUCCAGUCUCUGGUUCAAAAGCACUUUCCAUUAGAGAAACCGAAGAGAGAAAAGAAUGUUGGAAAUAAAAGAAAACGUAAACCAAGAGGUCGACCACCCAAAUUUUUAAAACAUGGUGUCGAGGUUGGUGGAGUUAUAAAAAUCAGUGAUGGUUCAGAUUCAGACUCUCAGGACAUGGAUAGUGACUCAAAUUCGUCCCCUGAGUCACUGCAAGACAACGAUGACGUCAUCUUUGUUAACCACAUCAAUGGACCCACUGCAAAACUGGAAGAUAUGAAGCAGCAGCUGUUGGGUAAGAUAGCAGAGCUGGGAAAGGAGCUUCCUCUUAACACACUGGAUGAACUGAUUGAUCAAUUUGGAGGGCCGGAAGAAGUAUCUGAGAUGACUGGUCGUAAGGGCAGAGUGGUACGGAGGCUGGAUGGGAGGGUGCAGUACGAAUCACGUGCUGAACAAGGAUUCACCAUAGACCAUGUAAACAUCAAAGAAAAGGAACGCUUUAUGACUGGCGAAAAGCUGGUAGCGAUCAUCUCAGAGGCUGCAAGUUCAGGGAUUUCUCUUCACGCAGAUAAACGUGUGCAGAAUAAACGAAGAAGGGUGCACAUGACGCUCGAACUGCCCUGGAGUGCUGACCGCGCAAUCCAGCAGUUCGGUCGCACUCAUCGCUCUAAUCAGGUAACGGCUCCAGAGUACAUCUUCCUGAUCUCCGAAUUAGCGGGAGAGAGACGCUUCGCUUCCAUCGUGGCCAAGCGGCUGGAGAGUUUGGGGGCGUUGACACAUGGUGAUAGACGAGCCACCGAGUCCAGAGAUCUGAGCAAAUACAACUUUGACAACAAAUAUGGCACAAAAGCUUUGGAUAAGAUCACUAAAGCCAUCCAGGGUUACAUUGAAAACAAAGUUCCGCCACCUAAAGGCUAUCCAGGAGGUGAAGCAAGAUUCUUUGCAGAUAUGAAGAAAGGGAUGACGGAUGUAGGCAUUUUCUGCAAGGAGCCACGCUUUGGCCUCAAUACAGAGAAAGACUGCAACAUCACUAAAUUCCUAAAUCGGAUUCUGGGCCUGGAGGUGCACCAGCAGAACUUUCUUUUCCAGUACUUCAUCCAAAACUUUGAAUACCUGAUUGAGAAGGACAAAAAGGAAGGCAAAUAUGACAUGGGUAUACUUGAUCUGGCUCCAGGUAAUGAUGAGAUCCAUGAAGAGAAACAGGAAGUGUUUCUGACUCCUGGGAACCCCCAAGAAGGCCAGGUCAUCCUUUACAAGAUCAGUGUGGAUCGGGGGAUGACAUGGGCUGAGGCCUGUAGCAAAGCAGACACCCUGACUGGAGAAAAUGAGGGCUUCUACCUUUCACACAAGCUGCGUGGGAGCCAGCCGUGUGUGUUGUUGGCAGAACAAGGCCGAGGCCAUAAUCUCAUUGUCUACAAGCCUAACAUCGGCAAGCAGGCCCACCCUGAGAACCUGGAUAAUCUGCUACAGCGGUACCGCAAGGUGACACCGGAAGAGGCCAAAGACUGCUGGGAGAAUCAGUUUGUCUUCUCAUUCCAGAAGUGCAGCCAUGCCAACUGGAAAGGUAAGUGUAAGCAGAAGGAGCAGGGUCAGGAGUGCUGGCUUGGCAUGCGUCUGCGACAGUACCACAUGCUGUGUGGAGCUUUGCUGAGAGUGUGGAAGCGUGUCGCAGAUGUCGUCUCUGACAUCACCAACUCCAGCAUCCUGCAGAUUGUGCGCCUUAAAACCAAGCAGAAUAGCAAGCAAGUUGGUAUAAAGAUACCAGAGAACUGUGUGGAGCGAGUGCGCAGUGAACUUUCUCAGAUGGACACCGAGGUAAGGCGAGCUCGGCAGCAGAGGGAGCAGCAGAGGGAGCAGCAGAGGGAGCAGCAGAAGGAGCAGCAGGUGCGGGAGCAGCGUGCACAGCAGUAUCAACAUCGCCUCCGCCAGGAGUUCCUCAAGUUGCAGGAGCAGCAGCAGCAGAAACUCCUCUCUACCCACAAGGCCUUCAGUCAUCAUGCUAUGCAUCAAUCGAGCCCACAAACGUUCUUAAGCCUACGGCCUGGCCAGGCUGUCCUGCACAAGAGCCAGGCUGUGGACGAGGUGCUGGAUCUCACAAACAGCCCCUGUCCCUCCCCUGAGCACAAACCACCUCGUUUAAACGGAGCACCGAGUCUGAACGGAGUCGCCGCGAUGAACGGUCGCUUCGGCGUGCGGAGAGGAACAGGGGAGGGAGGAAUCCCAGAAACGUCGUACCUCGAAGAGCUGAUCUCUCAGGAGCAGCAAAGGGCGAGGCGACCCCACUUACAGCACAACGUGGCCCGUAACAGCGUAAACCAGCCGCAAACCAUCCACGCGCAGAAGCAACACACGGUAAGCAUGCUGCAGCAACACAGGGCAAACCCAGGACAUUUGCUCACGCCCCAGCAAAACACCGUUCAGUUCAACUCACAGCUGCUGAGACACAAUGGGAGCAAACCAGACAUUAGCACGCUAACCAGUCAAGGCUUGGGUGUGCAGCAGUUUCAGCUCGUGAACUCCAUGUCACGGCCACAUAGACCGCUUCAGCAUCCUCCUCCUCCUCCUCCUAUACAGCAGGACGGUCAUCAGCACUCGCUGAUGCGCACACACGCACACAGUUUGCAUACAGUACGGGAAAAUCAUAUCAAAAUGCCAGUCUACGAACCUGCGCCACUUUCACUAAAACUGAGUCAGUCGUCUCAGCAGGGGUCACUCGGCAGUCAGUCCAUCACAGAAAAUCCCGCGACUCCACAGGACGACUUUUUUAACCUUGACAUGCUCCAUUCUCAGUACUCGUUAUCCUCGCAAGCCCCACCUUCCCCUUCAUUUUCCUCGUCCUCCCCUGGGACGUCGUCGCUUUUCUCCUCAGACCCGCAGUCUUCUUCGCUCUCAGAUUCUAUCUCCCCUUUUGCGGCGUCGUCGUCCGAGCGACUGACUCUUCCACUACCCAACGGCCACUGCAGCAUGGAUGCCCAGGACGCCCACGGGGGUUCUGCAGAUCGCCGCCACUCAGUCAUUCAGUUCAAUUCUUUGGACUGGGACGCCACCUAGUGGCCACUAACACCUGCGAGCUCAUUAUCACCACUGUACAUGCACAUGGCAGGACUGUCUUCUUUUUCUUUUGUUUGUUUCUUUUCUCAGCAUGUCUGUCUGAGGUAUUUUUGUUGUAGGUGGUUUUUUUUUUCAGUUACUUCCUCCACAGAUCAUUCAUCCGCUGGCUAUAGUUGGGUUCUUUACAAGUGUUUUCAUCAGCAGUGUUUUUUGUUUAGUUUUUCCCCUUUCACUGACAUUAGGGGCGCUUGCUUGACAUUGAUUAUUGUAUGGCUUGUCGUUUAGGUGAGGUUGCUAAUAUAGAGACGAAGCGCUACGUAUGGGUCAUCAGAGGGGGGGAAAAAUCGCACUGCUCCUGUAGGAGAUGGGGAAACGGUCUGCGACGUUAAAAGGGAAUGAAUGGGAAACGGCUUUAGCAUAAAAUGUUAAUACAAGGGAAUCUUCUGCGUGAAUAAAGGGGCAGAUACAUAGGGAAGUUAAACCUGUUUGGACUCCCUGUUUGGACACUUUUUUUAUCCACAAGUGUGAAAAAAAAAAAAAUGACCCUACUUAUUUCCACAAGUGUGGAAAAUGACCCUAACAUUACCUAAAUUACCAGGUAGUGCAAGUUAGUGCAAUGUUAUCUAGUUAACAUUGAGAUCAAAAUGCUCAUGGCUUGAGCCCAACUGACAGAUUAUUAGCUCAGCUGUUCCCACUAUCCUCCUGAUUCUGUAGCAGACUUAAACAAAGACGUUUAAUUCAGUAGAUUUUUAUUUAUUUUUAUUUUUUUAUACUUUAUUUUAUGUUUUAUUUGAUGAGUUCUGUAAAAGCUUACAACAGGAUUAGUUACCUUAUUUCCCAUGUGUCCCAUUACACAACACCUUUUUGGUACAUAUGUAAUUUAUAGUUUUAAGCCAAUAAAGAGAACUGUGCCAGGGCUUUAGAUAAACAUAAAUCUUUAGGAGGAGCCUUUGGCACUUAAACCCAAAAUAUUUAAGAGCCAAGACAAUUUUUUUUUUUAGGAGCGUGCUAGUAUACUCUGGGCAGAUACAGCAGAGGCAAGAGUCUAGAACAGGAUUAAAGAUCUUCAUUCUUGUUUUGGGGGAUCUGUCUGGAUUAAACUAGUUGCGAAAUAAAAAAUAUUGGGCGCAUUGCCAUCUGAAGCCCCUUGUGCAGUGAAGAUCAAUAAAAAGUGCAGCAUUGUUUUUCCCUCCCCCUGUGGUGCGCGCAUGCCCUAAACCCGCUCUGUCUCUUGAGUGGAUUUUAAUCAACGUGCCUCAGACGGUCAUUUUCCCAUUUCAGAGAAAAACAACCUUCUUUUUUUAUUUAUUUUUAUUAUUAUUUUUAAAGCGGUACACUAGUUCAUAUUUCUAUGAACGUCAUUUCUGAAUUACGGCUUAAUCAUCUCAAAGCAUUAACUAAAAAUAUUUAUCACUAUGGCUCUCGCUGCUUAUGAACGAUGCAGAUUUUUUAUUUCUUGUUACUGACCAAAUGCAAGCGUCAUCACUUAAAUGCUGAUCAGAAGGACUACAGACGUCCUGGAACACCCUCAUUAGUGCACCUUCAAAUACACAAUGUAUAUUUAUUUAUUUGGUCCUUUGGGCUUCUGUCACACCUACUCCUGCUUCCUGUUGAAAAAUUUAAUCAGACCUGGAAGAAAAUGCCUUUAGCUCAGUCAGUGCCUUUGUAUCAUUAAGAUGCAGUUAACAAUUGUGUGUGUGUAUGUGUGUGUGUUGUGUGUGUGUGUAUGUUCUAAAAAACAGAUUAAAUUCAUAUUAUUUAUUAUAAUCAUCAUCUUUCUCCCUCUACGAAUACAUCUGCUCUACUUCACUAGAGGGGCUCACUGACAUUUAAAAUUUGUAAUACUGCUGUUUUACAUAUUGACCCCGUGAAUUCUUUUCCCAUAAUUCCAUGGGCCUGAGCCUGAGUAGAGGGACAGAAUGGCUGGAAAAAUCUAGGGUUGAAAAUAAAGCUAACAAAACAUCAUCCCUAGAUUAAUGAAGUACUUUAUUUGCUUUACUGCUUGUUUUGUACUUUUCUCAGGUAUAGUGUAAACUUGUUACUGUCCAGACCAAUUAUUUAACUAAAAUAACUAAAGGACCUUUUUUUUUCCUUUUUUUUUUUAACUUUGGGGGUCGAACACCAAAUUAUGUAUUGGGCAACUCAUUUAUCUUAAGAGCUUCUUUUUUUUCUCUCUCUCUCUUUCCUCAACCAAUUGCGUUAUUAAAGACUUUCGACAGUUAAACUACUGGACCUCAUGCUAACCUCAGCCUUCUUCCUGAGGGAGCAAAACAUUUAGCAAUAAAGAUAAAUUCGCCCCUUGAACAAGUCUAAAAUAGAGCCUGAAGGUUGAUUAGGAUUCUUUUUAGGCUCUUGUUUCCUUGUAAUAUUUUCAAAUGUAUCAGAUAACUAUUAUAUUUAAAAAAAUUAAAAGAAAAAAAGAGAAGAUUACUAAGAAUACGUUUCUUAUGAGGUCAAGAUAUUCUUGUAUAGGUGGAAUGGAAGCAAUUUGUUGUCUUUUGGUGUUGUUACUGUUGUUUGUAUUCUUGUUAUAAUGACUAUAAUUAUUGUUAUUUAUAUCCUUGGGACAUUUUAGUGGUGGAUAUAACCAUGUUAAGUAGUUUAACACUUUGUCUUGUUCGGGUCUUCUCUUCAUUUGUCCGUGUAUUCUCUAUUUACAAAAGAUAAAAGAAAAAGGUUAAAAAAAAAAAAAAAAUGGUCAAAGCUUAUUUUAAUUCCCCACCAAAUCUGUUGCACUGCCUUGCACCCUGUCCAUCAUCGCUGUGUCAUGUAUGUCUCAGCCAUCUUUUGCACUAAACGUGCAAAAAAAAAACUCUCUAUCAGGCUUUAGCCAUUGAUCCCAGUCACACCAAAGUCUCCUGCUUGGUCUUGUGUAUUCUCAGGAAAAGUUAGGGAAUCUUUUUGAGCGAUGCACACAGCAGUGAAAUACUGUGCUGCAUUUCUAACUACUGUAUUUCUUAGACUUGAGGUUUUCAAUAUUUCAAAAGAGGAAAAAAAAUAUUUGCCAGACUAUAGAACGGAUUUCCGAUAUCCCAGAUACUAAUUCAUUAUCCCAUCCAAAAGGAAAAAACGAUCCACCAUUGAUUGGAGAGUUGGUUUCUCUUUUCUUUUUUUGCCAUCACUGUCCUGUUUACUGUGCGUUAUUGUAAAUGGUUCUUUGACUGUUUGACGUGUCUCUAGUCUGAGAUCCUUGCCCACUGUGUAAGAGAUGAGAUUGCUCCGUUGUCCGAUUUCUAUUCUCUUUCUCUACCCAAACUUUUAUAUCCUGUCUAUAAAGUGUAAAAGAAAUCAUGAAACGAACACUUUCAUAACUAAAUACAUUUAUUAAAAGUGCUACUGAUUGUAUGUAUUAUUAUUAUUAUUAUUAUUAUUGUUAUUUCCAGUUAAAAUUUAUUUUAAGCACUUUUACCUUGGGUAUUUUAUCUGAAUAUUUAUGAUUUUAGUUGGAAAUGUAAAUAUUGUAAACAACUGUGCCUUUUGAUUCAUUCUGAACGUUUUCUACAACAUAACAGAAGGAAUAUAUUGUACUGCAAUAUUAAUUUUUGUUAACAAACAAAAUAAAAGUUUAAAGAGUUUGUUGAAAUCAUGGCUCAACUACCACA